AUGCGUUGGAUUUUGGACUGGCUCUUCUUGGGUGACCUUGCCGAUGCUACGGAUCUGGAGCUCUUGGAGCAGCGUCGCAUCCAAGGCGUCCUGAACCUCAUAGGCUGGUGGGAGCUCGAGGCUCUCUUGCCAGAAGGAACGGACCUGGUGACUCUCUUCAGUCAGUAUGACAUUGAGUACACGGAGGCAGAUUCAGAGGACCGGCUUUUCUUCGACAUCAUCUCAAGUUCCUGGCCUUCUGCGGAGCGUUUCUUGCAGAAGUGUCGCAGUGAAAACCGGAAAGUCUUAGUGAAUUGCCACGCGGGGCAUAACCGGUCAGCCUGCAUCAUGAUCUGUUGGUUGAUGGUUCGGGAAGGCUUCUCACUUUUGAGAGCCCUGGAACAUGUGCAGAAGCUCCGGGGAACAGUACUCUCGAAUCACGGCUUCCGCCUUCAGCUGGUCCGUCUGGCCCUGAGGCUUGGGUGUUUGGGGGAAGAAAAGAUGGAGCUUGAGCCACCCGAGACCAGCCCUACCAGCCCUGCCCAAAGCAAUCCCGACGAUCCUCUCCGACGUAUCAUCAACACAAAGCGCCUGAGUGUGAAGUACGGGCAUAACUCCAAGGAAUGGAAAGCGCAGCCACCAGUGUUGGCGCAACGGAAGAAGUCGAUCAUCUCAGAUGAGGUGAGCGGCUUGAUCAGCCAGCGGAAGCUGUCGCUAGAGCUCGUUGCCUGUUUGACGCAUUGGAACAAGAAUUUUCUCGACCAUUACCAGUACACCGCAGAUCCUCCUGUUGUUGUCGGCCACGGCUUCAGUGGAGAGGUGGUGCUUUGCCAGCGGCGCCAUGCUAGAGACUUCGGGGGCCGUCCGCAGAACAGUCUGCGGUGCGUCAAGCGCUUCAAUCUCACAUCCAUGAAGGCUGACCACCUGGAGAAGCUAAAGAAUGAGGCUGUCAUAUAUUUAUCCCUCGAGCAUCCGCACAUCGCACGCCUCUUUGACGUGUAUGAGGAUGAUGAGGAGCUCAGUCUUAUAAUGCAAUAUUGUGGAGGUGGUACACUGCAGGACGUCUUGCGGAGCAAGGGUCCGUUUCCAGAACCUGACUUCAAGCAGGCUGCCGUCCAGAUGCUGCGUGUCCUGAACUAUGUACACCGUGUUGGCAUCGUGCACCGUGACAUCAAGCCUCGCAACUGGGUCUAUGAAGCCGAGAGGAAUGUCCUGAAGCUAAUCGACUUUGGCUUUUCAGCCCGUGGUUGUUGCGUGUUCGAGCGGGAGAGGGGCGGCUGCGACGGCUACACUGAGGAGGUGAUCCUGCGAGAGAUCCAAGAUGUGAGUCUGGAAGACAUUGCAAAACACCUUGAGCUUGUGCCUGUUGGCGCACAAGGCUUUCUGAGGCGCUUGCUGACGAAAGAGCCCAGUGCGCGACCGUCAGCCCAAGAGCUUCUGGAGGAUCCAUAUCUGCGAGAUGCAAGAGACAGGCUGCUGUGGCAGCCUGAUGCCUUACAAGUCAGCGAGGUGCUAUCUCGCUUUCGGGUGUAUGGAUCUAGCUCUGCCACCACACGAGCUUCUAUGCUUGCCGUGGCGCGGGCUCCUACACGACUCCCAUGGAGAGACUUCUGCGCACUACGUGCUACUUUCGAUGCCUUUGAUGCCCAGAAGCUGCAUGGAACGAUCGACUUGGAGGCUUUCCUGUCGGUUGUUUGCAGCGCGGACACCGGUCCAGCUGGGAGGGCAGAAAGAGAGGAAGCUCUAAUGAUUUGGAAGGCUGUUUGCGGCGGGGAGGAGUCCUUAAGCUAUUGCGAAUUCCUGGCGGCCCUGAUGCCCUGGAUUGAUGAUCCGUUUCAGGAUGUCACCAGAUCAGCAGAGGCUGUGGAUGAGGAUGCAACCCCAAGCAGUUGGCCGAGAAGUCAUGUGGAUCAGAGGAUGUGGGAAUUAGAUCAGCCAAUCUCUACGUUUCUGCCUCUGUUGGAGACGAGGAGAAACCUCAAGGACAUGGUGUUUCAGGAAGACCAGCCAGUGCAGGAGCUGCGGCAGCUGUAG